CGAGCAGCGAGUAAACAGACCCCUGGAUGUACAGUCAAGUAAACAGCAAGGAUAUCGCCACUUGCUAACCUUAAAUUUUCGUUAUUAUAUUACAUUUGUAGAAGCUUGCGGCGGAUAUAUGUUAGACGUAUACAGAGUGGGAAUCAGCUUAUCGGACAUUUAAACCUCACCAUGGUAGCCAGACAGCUGCCUCUGCGGUGGUAUCCGUGCUACGCUAAGCUAGCAUGCUAAGCUAAGUGCUAGCCUCGGCUAACUUCGGUUAUUUUCUGGAAUGAAAGUGCGCAGCGCGAGCUCCUCCGGACAUGGCAGCAGGAGCUUCAGCUGGCUCUUUAGAGUCCACACUGGACCGGAAGUUCAGAAAUGUCUCAAACACAAUGGACUCAAUUCAAGGACUUUCAUCAUGGUGCAUCGACAACAAAAAGUACCACAGCCUGAUUGUGCGACACUGGAUGAAGUGUUUGAAGAAAUCUGAAUCCUCACACAGACUCAAUCUUAUUUAUCUCGCCAACGAUGUCAUCCAGAACUGUAAAAGGAAAAAUGCCAUUGUCUAUCGCACUGCUUUUGCUGAGGUGCUGCGAGAUGCCUUCUCGCUUAUCAACUAUGAAGGUGACCCAGCGAUAAUUAAAUCAGUGGAGAGGAUACUGUCCAUCUGGGAGGAGAGGGAGGUGUAUUCAGGGACACUCAUCACUGAGCUAAGGAGCAGCUUAGUCAAAGAGGAGUCUCCUCCUGAGACGCCUGUGGAGCAGAAAACUCCUGUCGAGUCUAAAGCAGAUCUAAGGUCAAGGAUUGUUGCUGAAUUUGUGCCACAGACUCUCGUAGACCAGCUGUCCAAGCACAAGAGAUCUAUGGAGGAUGUGGACCUGAGAGAGAAACAGCUGGCAGCUAUGAGGGUUGACAUCUGCAGUACUGAGGCCCUCAGAAAACUCAAAGACAAAGCCGGAGGAAAAAAGUUCUCCAAAGACUUUGAGGAGGGAAGUGCACAGCUGCAGGAGUUUGUAAAGUUCCUGGAGAAAGAGGGUAAAAAAGGUCCUCCUCUUAUGGAAGCUCUCACCAACGCAGAUAUCUUCUAUGAGAUGCAGUACAAGGAGGUCAAGAUUGUUGCUAAUGCCUACCAGACAUUCGCUAACAGGGUGUCCCACCUGAAGCGCAAGCUAGAUGCCUUGAAGGCCACCUUACCUGACCUGGACGAGUCACCCAUCCCCUCCCCCUCUGCAGAUGCCCCGUCUCCAACAGGCUCUGAGUCCCCCUUUCGUGGCUUGGAAUUGGCUCAGCCCGACCCAGAUCUCGACGGCUCCGCUAUGGACGACGAGGCAGAGCCACCAGCUCCGAGCCCCCUAUCCUCACCUGGAGCAUCCCCCAGACAGACAGAGACUCUCGGGGAGAACGACAAACUGGAAGUGGAGGAUAUGGAGCUCUCAGAGGAAGAAAUGGAGAGUGGAGGGAUUAUAGUUGAGGAACAGAUUGAACCUCCCUCCCAUCCAGAGGUGUUCUCUCAGGCCCCUGUGAAAACGGAGCCAUCAGUGGUAAUAGAGCAGCCUGUCUCCCAGGUCACGCCUCCUGUAGCCGCUCCCACACCGUCUUUGGAAGGUGUUGACCUUGGAAAAAUUGGCUCCAUCCUCAACAGUUUAAGUUCUGUCAUAAAGAACUCAGGACCAUUAGUGGAGAGUCCUCCUGCAGCUUUGAAGAGCACACCUGCUGCCUCCUCAGCUCCUCAGGAAGCCAGUUCACUCGUAAACCUCCUCUCUAAGGUGGACGUUAGCCCUGCUGAUCUCCUUGGUGCUCUCUCUAAAGUGCAUGGCAAAGGCAACCUUGAGGGAAUCACUUCUCUUAUGAACAGCCCAGCGGCAAAUGUCUCCACAGACUCCUCCAGUACAGGCAAGAUUCCUCUCUCCCCCUCUCUCUCAUCCACACCUGCAUCAGCAGCACCCACUCAGAGCCCGUCUCUCCACUCUGCACCCGUGCCUUCUUCACUCAGCUCCACUGUACAGCAGAGCACAACCUCCCAACCCCUCCCCCCUGAGACUGCAAACCCAGCCUCUGCCCUGGUCCAAGCCCUGCACAGAGACAUGGACUUGAUCCAAGAGCCAGAACCGUCCUCUUCCUCUCAGAGUUUGGAGUCCAAAAUCCACAGUUUCCUUCAGGGGAACUCUGCUUUCAGCGCAUUUGACGUCGGGUUUCCUUUACAGUCAGUGCAGGGGGGAGAUAACCUUAGCCCAGUACCUGGAACAGAUACUCAAGAGGGGACCCCAGUGCGUGACGAGGGCGGAGGCACCCCAACUCAAGACGAAAUCAUGGAUCUAACUGCCCCAUUCACUUCUAGCGCUAAUCAAUCAUCAUCAUCAGGAGGAGAAACUUUUACAACAGCUUCUGUUACAUACCAGAGUAGCAGUCAGCAGAACCCUAACCUCCCCCAAAAGCAGACUCACCUGCAGCCCGGUGGAGCUCAGAAUGGGCAGGUCUACCAGCCGUAUCUUUAUGGCAAACAAGAGAUGCCAGAGCACGGGAUCUCUGCACCUGUUGGACAUUACCAGCAGAUUUCUGCACAAACAGGAGGCCCAGUGCCUGGAGAUAGAGCCCCAGGCAGUGCCAGCAGCACACAGACAGCUGAAGGAUUUCAGACAGGGAGUGAGAGGAGCUGGUAUGGGGAUGUUUACCCCGAGGGGAACUCUAAACAACCCGGGGGCUAUGAUGUUCCAGUGCCUGGAGAGAACCAGACAUCAGGACUUUAUCCAUACCAAACAGGAGAAAAUCAGAAACCUCCAGAGUUCCAACAGGGCUCAGCGACAUCCUCUGGUUUCUUCACAACCCCCCUCCCUCCUGUGCCAAAACUCCCACCUCACCCCCGUGGCUUUGACCUCCAUCCUCCUGCAACAAACAGCUCAGUGAUUCCCCAAGAACGGCAGCCGGUGCUGCGCCCAGACCCAGCAGCAGAGGGACACAGACCCAGAGGGGACAGCAUCAUUGGUGGUAUGGUGGUUCACGACCAUCAGCACAAAUCCUUGUUUCAACCAAAUGAUGGGCUAUAUGACCGAGAUCGACCUCACCCUCCCCACACAGAUGAACUGCACUACCGCAAUGACCCACAGCAUCACGGCCCCAAUUUCUUUCAAGACCACCACCAAGAGGAUCCGUAUUACAGACCAGGCAGCCCACCACACCAUUACCCCAGAAUCAGAGGCCGCCUCACUCCGCCCCUUUCUCCUGCAGAGGACCCUUACUAUGACCAAGAAUACCAACACCACCGCCCUUCAUUUCCUCCGCACUACGCUCCAAGAAGACCGCCACCACCACAUCAUCCUGAUAGCCGUCACCCUGGGAUGCGGCCUCAGCAUCGGCCUCCCCAGCCUCACCCGAGAGGCCCGCCACGCCCACCUUUCCCUCGAUUCCAACGCGGGCCAGAGCCGAUGCUAAGAGGCAAACGUCCAGCUCCAAGGGGAGGGGGGAACCCUGGUCCAAUGUUCAUGCCGAAAAGACCCUUUCCACCACCAAGGUACUAAUGGGACAUGUAGCUUUGAGCCCUUUAAAUCACUGUGGAUGUAAAGAAAACGGGGGAGGAUCUUUGUGUCCAAGUGAUGCCGUGCAAAGAGAAAAUAUGAGCAAAUAAAAGAGGAGAAACAGAGGUGGGCAGCAGAAUAAAGGUUAAGACUGCAAAGGUAUGAACUCACUAACUACCAGAAGAAAAUGGCGGGAAAAGACGAUUGUGGAGAAGAUGUGGAGAUGUAAAAGAGAUGGGAGUCUCUGAGAGGGCUGCUGAGCUGAAGAAUGAAGACAGAAGAUUAAAGAAAAUAAGAGGUGGAUAUAUAAUUCACUUUUUGUGAUAUUUGCUCUAGUUUGAAGCAGUGAAUUAAAUAUGUAAUUGAGAUUCAGUUUGAUACAGGUCAGAGUGCAUGCAUGGUAUGCGUGUGCAUGCGGUCACAAGCAUCGAGUUUGGAGAUAGUUAUUUUUAUGAUGAGAGUAAAAGAAGAAUGUAGUCAAUGCAAUGUUUCUGCUGUUAUUUAGUUUUCCGUGAGCAGUUUUGACUGCUUCUCUUCCAUAUCAGCAGCUACUCCUGCUAAAAACAUCAGUUUAAGUUUUUCAAUUUGACAAGGAAAAAAUGGAGUUCAUGUUAGAGAAUUUAUGUUCCAAGGUAGCAUAUUUUGGGGUAAUUAAUUUUCAUUGUUCCAACUCCGAAUGUUAUCUAUGUGAAGCGAUGCUCACUCCAUUAGUGCGCAGUAUCCCUCGGGCGAAAGUGUUUUUCCGUCUCGUUAAGUUCCUUGAAGCAGAGCCACAGAAGUCUUUUCAAAAGGGGGAGAGAGGUUUGAGAGUUAUUUUUUUUCAGCCUCCCAACACCAACGAAGAAGAAGUGCAUUUUUUGGAGGGGGAUGAAGAAACUCGUCUUCAGUUUCGUUUUACUUGUACUGUCUAAUAAAA